CUAUGUUUGCAAGUCCCCUAACGCAUUCGCAGUUGAUGGGCGGCUAUUGCAUCAUGAUCGUGGAGGGUUGGGGCGCGAUCACGGAUGAACAGUGCUCCACAAUCGCAGUAUUUUUCCUGCGUUCGUGGAGUUUUGGCAACCAGUGGGCCGCGUUCGCGGACCUUAAUUUACAGACGUGACAGGAUAUAUUCGAGAAUUUAUCCCAUUUUUCACUCGGUUGAGAGCUUGGGAGAGGAGAUUAUUUAGGGGUUUCUUGAGGAGAUUCAUUUGGUUGAGGAUCAUUUCAGUGAUUGUGUGGUUGAGGAAGUGCUCUGAUUGAGUUGUUCGAGUGAAGUUUCGACAUUGAGGGGAAAGUGUUGUGACACCAUCAAAUAAGGCAAAUCAUAUUGAUAUCGUUGAUCAUGAUCAGAUUGAUGACUGUGGAAACAAAUCUGCUCGACACUUUCCUGGAAACAUUGGUUGGUAGAGAUGAUGCUGCAUCAACGACAAAAGCACUUGCACUGCUGGAAGCAAAUAGUGGAAUAGAAGUUUGCCAAAGAUUGUUAAAAAACUGGAAACAAUUGAGGCCAUUGACACAAAAGUUUAUUGCUCUAGUUGCUGAGGUCAAGCAAACUAAUGAACAUUUUUUCGUUGAACGAACUCAAUAAAGCUGAAAAGGAUGCAAGUAUAGAUUUAUAGAGACAAGCCUUUCGUCUCCUUGUCAUGCUAGAAAUAAAGUUUUCAAAAGAAUGGUGUUUUCUUACUUUAGAUGAAGGUAUUGGAUGAAGAAAACGAGGCUUUGGAGGAAUCAAGUGACACAUCGAUAAGGCUCUACAAGAAAACGAAGCACACACAUGUUUCUUGUGGAAAAGCUUCAUCUACCAAGGCCAUGAGGAUUGACUUUCAAGACGAAAUACUUAUGGACAUUCUCAGUAGGUUACCCCUGUUGCCUCUUCUCCGAUUCAAAUGUGUUUCAAAAAAUUGGAAGACAUUAAUCUCCGAUUCUUACUUUAACAUGAAGCAUCAAAGACAUCACAAGAAUGACUUAAAUUCCCAAAAACUUCUUGUUGCAGUAGAUAAGGCUACCUUCUUUUCUUCUUCUUCCUUAUCGACUGUUCAACUUGUUGAGGAUAUACAAAACCUCGAUUGCCCUACAAACAGUAUACCAGAUCACUAUUGCCACAUUUACGGUUCUUGUAAUGGGUUGGUUCUUGUUGGCAUUUUUGAUCGAUAUGAUAAACAGCUUCUGUUGUGGAACCCUUCCAUGAGAGAAUCAACAGUACUUCCUCGUCCAGAAUUUGUAACAAGGUACUCUACUUUUGGAUUAGGAUAUGAUGCAACUAGUGACGACUAUAAGGUCCUUAAGCUAGACCAAGGUUAUUCAGAUGAUAUCCAUCUCCAACCAUCCUAUGAAAUUCUCGCGUUAAAAAGUGGUUCCUGGAGAAAAAUCCGUAACUAUCCAAGUAAAAUUUGUCCUAACACGGGAUAUACAUUGGAGAUUGAGCCUAAAUUUGAUGAGGAUCACAAUAUGGAACCUUUGGCAUUUCUAAAUGGAAAAAUCACACCAUAUACACAUUUAAGGGUGGAUUUGCUGCAUUUCAUUGUUCUUUAA